CCCGUUCCUUCUCUCCAGAGACGCUGCUGCCUGUCCCGCUGAGUUACUCCAGCUCUUUGUGUCUGCAGUUCCUUCUCACACAUCCCACCAAAGGUCUUAUAUAGCUAUCAGAUCUAAUAUAUAGCAAUAAGAUCUUCACAUCCCACAGCUCCAGCGUGUCCUGGUCGCACGCCGGUGCAUGACGUCAGUGCGCCCCGAUGCGCGCUGGGAUUGCGGAGGUCCACCCGGUCCUCCAGCUCUUCCAGUCUCUCCGCUGCCUUUAACUGGCCGCCGCCGCUCCGCCGCCUCCCUCCUCUCCUCUCAUUUCCGUCGCUGCCGGCGGCCUGGGGCCGCGUGUGUGGUUCGGAUUGCUGUCGUGACAUGGCUACAUGACCGGGGGAAUGUGUGCCAGGAAAGAGCCGGCCUCCUCCUCCUGCUCCUGUUGUUGCUGCUGCUGCUGCCGCCGCCGCCCUUGCUUGUCUGGGGCUGACGGAGCGUCCCGAGCACUCGCCACUUCACCAGCGAGCUAUGGACUUGGACAUCAAGAUCCCUCAAUACAUUAAUGCUGUUCAAGGCUUCGCAAGUUUGGAAAGUCUGAUCCUGGCCAGGUAUGGAAGUGAAGCUGAGUAAAUUAUUUCUGGAAUUUCAAUAGCUGAAUUACCUGUGCAAAUUACUUGGUUCCAAAACUUCCAUAAAGGGUGCCGUGUUGACACUGUGUUGCCUAGGAGGAUGGGAAAGAGGCGGUGCCUACAAGCAGAGCCGACGCUCGAGCAGAAGAUAGCAGCGGGUUGCUGUGGAGUAAAGAAGCCGAAGCUAUCGGGCAGCAAUGUGCACAACCAGCUGAAUCACUCAGGCACCGGCCUAGGCUGUGGCUCGGUAUCUAGUCUGCAGUCUGGAACAGCCCUGGGGAACCACCACAACUACAGCCAGAACCACAACUACAGCCAGAACCAUUGCGAGAGGAACAACAGGGAGAGCAAUGGGAGCCUGAACUCCUUAAACUCUACACUCAGCUCAGUGACUGGGCUGAUUGCAGUGGGAAGUCGUCCAAACGGGACUGGACACAGUGGGACCAGUGGACUGAAUGUGAGGAACUUGGUGGUGACCGCAGAGAUGUGCUGCUACUGCUUUGAUGUGUUGUACUGUCAUCUGUAUGGAUUCCCACUGCCCCGAUCACCCAGGUUCACCAAUGACCCAUACCCAUUGUUUGUAACAUGGAAGAUGGGCCGAGAUAAACGCCUGCGAGGCUGCAUUGGGACCUUCUCUGCCAUGAAUCUCCAUUCGGGACUCAGGGAAUACACACUUACCAGUGCCCUUAAGGACAGUCGCUUCCCUCCGCUGACUCGCGAGGAACUUCCCAAACUCUUCUGUUCUGUUUCGCUGCUCACUAAUUUCGAGGAUGCCAGCGAUUACCUGGACUGGGAGGUGGGAGUACAUGGGAUUCGGAUAGAGUUUAUGAAUGAGAAGGGGGCGAAACGCACAGCAACAUACCUACCGGAAGUGGCCAAGGAACAGGACUGGGACCAGAUUCAGACUAUAGACUCUCUUCUGCGUAAAGGAGGUUACAAAGCUCCCAUUACAAAUGAAUUCAGGAAAGCAAUCAAGCUCACCAGGUACCGCAGCGAAAAAAUAACCAUCAGCUACGCUGAGUACAUGGCCUCAAGACAGCACUAUUUUCAAAAUGGCACCCUCCAUGCCCCACCCCUCUACAAUCAUUACUCCUGACAAUAAGCAGCAUGACCAAUCGCGGGACUCCAGCUACCACCUCAUCGGAGGUGAUGCCUCCUCUUCCUGGUCUAGUUACUUUUACUACUGCACUAUUUUAUGAUGCUAGCUUCUGUUGCCAAGCACGCCUUCGGUUAGCCCUACCUCAGACAGACUUGGCAACGGAACGCCGCAAUGAAACAGUAGAAUAUUGUUUGGGGAAGGGAGGGAUUUCUAACAAAUCUUGUUUCUGUUUCUAUACUUGUUUACCUACGUUUGCCUUACUUUGGUAACUUGCAGGACUACAUGUAUGAGCUGCAGGUUUUUUAGUACUGAAACCAUUGACAUGUGUAGGGUACUCAGUGUCUUCACCAGUGGACAAUGUAUCCAAUGGGUUGUUAUUUGCAGUCUUGCCCCCCCCUAAACCAAAAGGUCACUGGUUUGCGGUUUUCAUUUAGUGAAUCGUGGGAUGUGAUUCCCCCAAAACGCUGCUCAAAGUGGGGAGAAAAUUCAAAAUCCUGUGUAAUAUAAAUGGAGUUUGACUAUAUUCGUCCAGCACAAACCAAUGGUCGGUAAAAGGUGCAGUUGAAAGUGCGGUCGGGAUUUGAAAUGUUUUCAUAUGUUACUGCCCUGUCUCCCAUGACAUAAGUAAGUAUUAACUUGAAGUAAAUAACGGGACUUCUUACGGGCACCUGUGCGUAAUUGCCAAGUGGUAUGCGAUUAUGUGUGCGUGCCUACAGGUGAAGCAGAAACCAAGUGUGGAAGCUGGAUUUCUUUGCACAUUAUACAAGAUUUCAGCACAGUCCCAGUUCCAGCAGUCACUCUGGCAAUAAUCUGGUCACCUUUUAAUCAACAGUGUUUGAGGGGUAGUAAAUCUAGUUUUUUUUUUUUGUUGGCCUCAUUUACCACUUUAUCUAUGGCCCAAGCAUACACAUUUUGUGAAUGAAAACCCUUUGAUAAAGUGAAUUGUAUUUACUCUG